AUGGGGAAGCUCCCCUCAACACUCCUCCGGCGGCCGUCCCUAGCCGGCUACCUCCCCUCAACCGCACCGACACUCCCACACACCCCCACCGCCGCCACCCGCACAUCACAAACCACCACCACCAUCACAACAGCCGCGGCGGCCGGGCAGGUGCGGCACGCGACGUUCGUGCCGCGGUCGCGGCGGCCGUACCAGUUCACGCAGCUGGUGCAGCUGAGCGACGGGUCGACGUUUACGGUGCGGACGACGUCGCCGCUGGCGCUGUACAAGUCGGCCAAGGACAGCCGCAACCACAUCCUGUGGCAGCCGACCGAGAAGUCGCUGCGCAACGUCGAGGUCGACGAGGCCGGCAAGCUGGCCGCCUUCCGCGAGCGCUACGGCAGCUCUUGGGAUCUGGACGGGCCUGCUGCACCGGCUGCGGCUGCUGGUGGCGCUGCUGCUGCUCCGGCUGCUGCCGCGCCGGCCGCUGCUGAUGGUUCGAAGGAAGCAGCGGCACAGGCACCGGCAGAGGCCGCGGCGCCAGCGGAGGAUCCGUUCGAUUCGCUUGUCGACCUCAUUAGCACGUACGCAACCGAGGACAAGAACAUCAAGGGCGGGUUGAGCGCCAAGGAUCAGGCGAGGAAGGAGAAGAAGAAGAAAUAA